GAAAGAUAAAUAGAAACUCAUUACAACUACCGGCUGAUGCCAGGCAUAGUCAUAAUGAUUACCUUUACAAGCAAGAAUGGGAGGUUUCACUAGAUGAUUUGAUAGUGAGAUUGUCUCCACUUCACACUUCCAUGGGUCAACUACCGGCUGAUGCCAGGCAUAGUAGUCAUGGGUAUAAAGAGUAA